AUGAACCGUUGCGGAUUAGGAGAAGCUUGUAGUUGUGCGAAAUAUCGUUCUAAAUGUGCAAAAGAUGAUCAAGCUUGUAGUCAAAGGGAACAAUCAACAGGAGCUACAAUAUGGAUGUAUUCAGUGGUUUCUAAAAGCGUAUGUAACAGAUUAGAUAAUAUACUAAUUGGUAUUUCUAAUGUACAAUGUUGCUCAACAAAUCGAUGCAAUCGACCUGAUAAUGGCAGAUGCUCAUGGUCCCAAGCUCGUCGUCGAGUUCUACGUAAAUUUACUGAUUUACUCGACUUUUAA